UCCUACAAAACUGUAAACGGAAAGGGAAACAGGUUAGUAAAUAAAUCAAUUGAUCGAAACAAGAACCGGAGAAGAGAGAUCCUAAAUCGUCCACUUCCAAUUUUAGGAACGGCGGCCGAAAAGAAAUAACAAGAUUCUGCUUUCCUCCCUUCCCCUCUGUCCCGUUCGCAUCCAUGGCUCGCCCCACCCUUCUCGUCCUCUCUAUUCUCCUCCUCGUCCCUUACCAAGCCAAAUCCCGAUUCUCCCCCAAAACCGGCGGCGGCCUUCCGUUAUUAGAAAAGGGGGAGGAAGUCCUUGCAGGAGAAGAGGGAGCAGAAGCGCAGCGGCAGCGGCGGCGGGCGGAGUGCGAGGGGCGGUGGAUCCACAUCCGCGACCUCCCGCCGCGGUUCAACACCGACCUCCUCCGAUCCUGCAACGCCUUCCCCCUCUACGACGACGGCGACUUCUGCCCCUAUCUCGCCAACCACGGCCUCGGCCCCCGCACCCACAACCGCUCCCGGAGCUGGUACCGCACCGACCCCCACAUGCUCGAGCCCUUCUUCCACCGCCGCCUCCUCGAGUACCCGUGCCUCACCCCCGACCCCGCCCGCGCCGAUGCCGUCUUCCUCCCCUAUUACGCCUCCCUCGACUCCCUCCCCUUCCUCUACAACCCGGCGCUCUUCAACUCCAGCGCCCUCCACGGCCGCGACCUCGCCGACUUGCUUCGCCGCGACAGCCCCGCCGUCUCGGCACGCCGCGGCGGCCACGACCACUUCCUCGUCCUCGCCCGCCCCGCCUGGGACUACUCCCAGGAACCCGACGCCGACCCCCCGCUGUGGGGCACCUCCUUCCUCCACCUCCCCGACUUCCUCAACGUCACGGUGCUCGCCCUCGAGGCCCGCCCCUGGCCCUGGCAGGAGCGCGCCGUACCCCAUCCCACCUCCUUCCACCCGGCCACCCUCGCCCGCCUCGACGCCUGGCUCGCCCGCGCCCGCCGCGCCCGCCGCACCACCCUCAUGCUCUUCGCCGGCGGUGGCGGCGGGGGCGCCCCCAACAUCCGGGGGAGCAUCCGGGCCGAGUGCGAGAACCGGACCGACCUCUGCGAGGUGGUGGACUGCUCCGAUGGGUCCUGCGCCCACGACCCGAUCCGGUUCAUGCGGCCGAUGCUCCGGUCCAGCUUCUGCCUCCAGCCGCCCGGCGACACGCCGACCCGGCGGUCGACCUUCGACGGGAUCCUGGCGGGGUGCAUCCCGGUGUUCUUCGAGGAGAUCGGGGCGCGGGCGCAGUACGGGUGGCACCUGCCCAAGGACCGGUUCGAGGAGUUCUCGGUGUUCAUCCCGAAGGAAGAGGUGGUGUUCGGCGGGGUCCGGAUCGGCGACGUGCUGGAGUCGAUACCGCCGGCGGAGGUGCGGCGGAUGCGGGAGCGUGUACUGGAGCUGGCGCCCAGGGUGAUGUACCGGCGGCACGGCAGCUCGGCGGGGCUGCGGGCGAGGAAGGACGCCGUGGAUCUGGCCAUCGACGGGGUGCUAAGGACGGUCCGCCACCGGGUGCGGGCGCUCGAGGAUGGCGAUCCGGAUCUUCUCAUCUACGAUGACGACGGCGAUGACCACCACCACCACCACCACCUGUCUUAGGAUGUACGGUCACAGAUUUUGUCCUUGUUCGUUAUAUCAAUUAAGCAAACAAACUGAAUUAGAAAUGAAGUGAACUAUUAUUACCUUUCUUGUUAUACGAGAAAAAGCUAUGGAUACUUGAUCUCUUAUAGUAAGCAGGUUUCAGAAUAAUUCGUAAC